GGGUGUUGCAAACACUCAGAAAUUCAGCAAAGGAACGAGGCCUUGAACCCGGUUUAUGUGAGUCACUUGACAGGCAAUGGCAAUAAAAAUAUUAAAAUUCAGACCUUAUAAAAGAGGAGGGAAAGUGCUACACGCUUCUUGACAGCCCAAGGUAAGCAGACUCUUCCCAAGGUUAAGAAGCCACGGCGCUUGUCCUGAGCUCCAGGCUGUGACAGCAGUGACCAUUUGCUCCAUAUUAGCAGCGGUGAUAGAAGCAGUGUCUCUGCCUGCCAGGUCCCACCGGAGCACGCCAGGGAUGGCCCAGCACAGCUGCCUACCUGUCCCGUACGAAGUGCCGGUGCUGGCGAUGCUGCUUUUGCCCUGCAUCGUCACAGGUGUGGAGCUGGCUAUAAAUAAUGAAACGUCUGACUUCACGCUGACCACGGGGCUCGGCCCAGCACUGUCCCUGUCGUGCGCGAUACAGAACAACAGCCAGCAGGAACAGCUACUCUGGUACCGAGGGGACGGGGCUGUGGACCUGAAAGAUGGAAAUCAAAUGAAUGCCAGUCACCUCUGCUUGUCUCCUGUCACCGAGACCGACAACGGCGUUACCUUCACCUGCAAGCUGAAGCGGGAUCAGUCCAUCCAGGUCUCUGUGAUUCUGGAUGUCCAGUUUCGCCCCAUGCUAAGUGGGAAAGACUCGCUCCGAGCAGAAGAGGAGGGCGACGUGACGUUGAUCUGCAACGUGAAGUCCAACCCUCAAGCUCAAGUGGCUUGGCAUAAAGACAACGUUGUCCUGACCCUUGAGGCAAAGCGCUACCAGAUCCACCAGACCAGCGAAGUUUUCAAGCUCUCGAUCACGAAAGCACAGAAGUCCGAUAUGGGGGUGUAUACCUGCGUGGCAAAUUCUUCCCUUGGAGAGGAGAGAAAGGACUUCCAUUUGGUGAUUGAAGAUAAAAAACCUGUUUUUCCCACUGAAGCCAUUGCUGCUGCAGCCGUGGUGGUUUUACUUACUAUUGUUUUCGGAGUUGUGGCUCAAAGAGAAAAACUACUGAAGUGCUUCAUGAAGAAAGACGAAACACCAAGCGAAACAGCUCUGUGAACAAGUCCUGAGCUUACUGUGCGUGCCUAAGAAAGACCCUCUCUAGCACCCUCGUGUUCACGGCUGGGACUCUCCCUUGCACGCCGCCGCGGCUGCUCCGAGUUAUGCAGCUCCUUCUGUAUUUAUUGUUAUUUAAAACAAUGCUCACAAUGUAAAUGGCUCGUUAGGUAUGUUGAUUACAACUUACGGUUCUGAACACGUGAACGAGGGGGAAAAACACGACUGCUUCUUCCA